AUGAGGCAAGGGCAAAAUGUUGCCCAAACGCCUAAUCGAGAUGCCACAAAUUUUGAUCGAAAUGGUCAAACUUUCGAGCAAAAUGGUAGGAAUUAUGGCCCAAACCUUUCGAGACAAAAUGAAGGAAAUUGCCAGGUGGACCAACCCCCAGUUUUUGCUCAAAAUCAAAAUGCUCCAGUUGAGCAAAUUGGUAGGAAUUUUGACCAAAACCUUUCGAGACAAAAUAAAGGGUAUGCAAAUAGACCUUAUUUUGUCUCAGCAUUUUCUGAGGCAAUUUUGCAGGCUGAACUGCCUCGAAGCUGGAAAGUCCUGAAAUUCUCUAAAUUUGUCAGAAAGUCUGGUGAAUCCACUGUUGAACAUAUAGCUAGAUAUAUCAUAAAAUGUGGAGAUUUAGCUCGAAAUGAAGAUUUAAAGUUGAAGUACUUUCUUAGUUCUUUGACUAAGGAGGCCUUUGCUUGGUUCACAACUUUGCCCUCAAAUUCAAUUCAUAAUUGGAAUCAACUAGAAAGAAGAUUUCAUGAACAAUUCUUUCGUGGCAAAGCAAAAGUUAGCUUAAUGGAUUUAGUCAAUAUAAAAAGAAUGCAUAAUGAAUUCAUUGAUGAUUAUCUAAAUAGAUUUCAACAAAUGAGGUCGAGAUGUUUUACUCAAAUUCCAGAAUAUGAACUAGUCCAAAUGGCUGUAGGUGGGUUAGAAUAUUUGAUUAGAAAGAAAUUGAUUAAUCAGCAGCUAAGAGAUAUGUCGCAAUUAGCGACGAAAGUAAGGCAAAUCGAGCAACUUAAGGCUGAAAAAUCUUUUCCUAGAAAAAUUGAGAAAUUUUCUCAAAAAGCCAAAGUGGCUUACAUAGGUCUCGCUGAGGGAGAAAUAGGAAGCGAGAAUGAUUUUGACAAAGAAGACGUCGAUUUAGGAGUAAAUGAGUUGAAUGUAGCUGAACUAAAACUCGGACCCCCUUAUGUUUGCCAAUCGUUAAAACCACUCAGAAUGAAAGAUAAAACUCGGCCUAAUAAAAGUUAUGCUUUUGAUGUUUCUAAAGCUGAUCAUAUUUUUGAUAUCUUAUUGAAAGACGGACAAAUUGUGUUAUGUGAUGAUCAUAAGAUCCCUACUUUAGAACAAAGAAAGGGUAAAAAAUAUUGCAAAUUUCAUCAUGUAUAUGGCCAUUGGACUAAUAAUUGUGUUCGUUUCAGGGAUCUAAUUCAAGACGUUAUUAAGCAAGGAUGA